AUAGGGGAAAAAAACUAUCGCACAGCCACGGCGAGCCCGUCCAUCAGAUACCUUGGCAGCUUGGGCUGAUUGGGAGAACACUCCCAGCCCCACCGCUGAGCAAUAGUGUGGUCCUCUCCAAACACUGCCCAUCUGAGAGACGCGAUUUUGGGCUACUCUCAACAACACGUUCACUCUCUCCGGUGCAGCAAUAUGAAUAAGCUCUAUAUAGGCAACGUGAGUGAGAAGGCGAGCGCGCUUGACUUGGAAACUAUCUUCGAACAGUGGAAGAUACCUUUCAGCGGGCCGUUUCUCGUUAAAACUGGUUACGCGUUCGUGGAUUGCCCAGACGAAAAGAUAGCAAUGAAGGCCAUUGACACUCUUUCAGGUAAAGUAGAACUACAUGGGAAACGUCUAGAGGUGGAACACUCGGUCCCUAAGCGACAAAGGAGCUGUAAGCUGCAGAUCAGGAAUAUUCCACCUCACAUGCAAUGGGAGGUUUUGGAUGGGUUAUUGGCUCAGUAUGGAACAGUCGAGAGCUGUGAGCAAGUCAACACAGACUCAGAGACUGCUGUGGUCAAUGUUCGUUACGCUGCCAAGGACCAGGCCAGACAGGCGCUGGAGAAGUUGAACGGGUUCCUGAUGGAGAACUACGCCCUGAAGGUGACAUAUAUUCCAGAUGAGAGUGUCACAACUGACACCUCUUCCCUGGGUGGUCGGAGGGGUUUUCCAGCGCGAGGACCCCCCCCUCGACAAGGCUCCCCUUCGUUAGGUGCGAGGCCCAGACUGCAGUCUGACGUCCCCCUGCGCAUUCUGGUCCCCACUCAGUUCGUAGGAGCCAUCAUUGGCAAGGAGGGCGCCACCAUUCGCAACAUCACCAAACAGACUCAUUCUAAGAUUGACAUCCACCGUAAGGAGAAUGCAGGAGCAGCAGAAAAACCCAUCACCAUCCACUCCACUCCUGAGGGCUGCAGCUCAGCAUGCCGCAGUAUCAUGGAAAUCAUGCAGAAAGAGGCACUCGACACCAAAUUCACUGAAGACAUUCCACUGAAGAUACUGGCCCAUAAUAACUUUGUUGGGCGGCUGAUCGGAAAAGAAGGACGGAACUUGAAGAAAAUAGAGGCUGAUACUGAGACAAAGAUCACCAUCUCUCCUCUGCAGGACCUGACUCUGUAUAAUCCAGAGCGGACGAUCACAGUGAAGGGAUCCACAGAGGCCUGUGCCAAAGCAGAGGAGGAGAUUAUGAAGAAAAUCCGCGAGUCCUAUGAAAAUGACAUUGCUGCUAUGAAUCUGCAGUCUAAUCUGAUUCCUGGAUUGAAUUUGAAUGCACUAGGGCUUUUUCCAGGAGGUGCUUCAGGUGGAAUGACUCCCUCUAUGGUGGCCACACCCCCUACAGGGCCUCAAGCCACCUAUCCACCAUUUGGGUGCAGCGCGUUGGGAAGUGAGGUGCCAAUCUGGGCCUCUACGCUGUCCUUUAGCGGCCCAGCCCUAUCUCAGCAGGUGGAGUCUGAAACUGUUCACCUGUUCAUUCCUGCCCUUGCUGUGGGUGCCAUCAUUGGGAAACAGGGACAGCAUAUUAAACAGCUCAGCAGGUUUGCAGGAGCAUCAAUCAAAAUUGCCCCUGCCGAAGGGAUGGAUGCCAAGCAGAGAAUGGUCAUCAUCGCUGGUCCACCAGAGGCUCAGUUUAAGGCUCAGGGUCGUAUCUUUGGGAAGCUGAAGGAGGAAAACUUCUUUGGCCCAAAGGAGGAGGUGAAACUGGAGGCUCACAUCAAAGUGCCAUCAUUCGCUGCUGGGAGGGUCAUUGGCAAAGGAGGCAAAACGGUGAACGAGUUGCAGAACCUGACAAGCGCAGAGGUUGUUGUUCCACGUGACCAGACACCAGACGAGAAUGACCAGGUGGUUGUGAAAAUCACGGGGCACUUCUAUGCAAGCCAGCUGGCCCAAAGGAAGAUCCAGGAGAUUCUGUCUCAGGUGCGACGGCAGCAGCAGCCUAAAGCCCCGCCCACUGGCCAACCAAUGGCCAGGAGGAAGUAAAAUGACUGCGUCUCCACGGAGAUGAACGGGAACUGGGACUUGCCCAUCUCAGGGGUUAGGGGUCAGCCUGACUGCCCUGCCCACUUUCAUGAGCCCGUGCUCCCGGUGUUUCUGUGAGAAUGUCCUCAACUGUCCUUUGUUUCUGUUACUUUUCCUUUUGUUAACAUCAAAAGAAAAGAGUUGAAAAAUAGCCUCCCCUUCACUGCCCUGGUGUGGUAACUGCACAAUCUCACAACAGUUUGUUUUUGUUUUUUUGGGGGGUUUUUUUGUUUGUUUGUGGGGUUUUUUGGUGAAUUGGUCAAAUGGAGUCAUGAGUUUACGGGGUAUAAGUUAAGGCAUUGCUCUCCUAGCCCCUGUAAGGCUGUGGGUGGGCGGGGUUAUAGGUGUGGCUUAGGCGAUGUGUGAUCAGAAUGGGACUGAA